AAAAAAAAUAUAAAACCACCUUCGUUUAUGUUUCUUCCUUCCUUUUCUUUUCUUUUUUCUGCAUCUAUCCUACACAAUGAGCACGGAACAAUCCCAAUUGACCUCGGCUACCGACAAGGCCGCCCUUACCUCUGCUGACCAGCACUACUUCACCUCGUACGAUCACUUCGGCAUCCACGAAGAGAUGUUGAAGGACUCCGUCCGUACCAUCUCCUACCGUAACGCCAUUCUCAAGAACCGCCACAUGUUCAAGGACAAGGUUGUCUUGGACGUUGGCUGCGGUACCGGUAUUUUGUCCAUGUUCGCCGCUCGCGCUGGUGCCAAGCACGUCAUCGGUGUCGACAUGUCCAGCAUCAUCGAGAUGGCUGAGAAGGUUGUCAAGGCCAACGGCUUGGAUGACAAGAUCACCUUAUUAAGAGGAAAGUUGGAGGAUGUUGUUUUGCCAUACAAGGAGGUUGACAUUAUCAUUUCCGAGUGGAUGGGUUACUUCUUGUUGUACGAAUCCAUGUUGGACACCGUAUUGAUCGCCAGAGACAUGUACCUUGCGCCAGGUGGUUUGAUCUUCCCAGACAAGGCCUCCAUCCACGUUGCGGCGUUGGAAGAUGGUAAGUACAAGCAGGAGAAGAUCCACUUCUGGGACGAUGUCUACGGCUUUGAUUACUCCUGUUUCAAGGAGGUUUGCAUGACCGAGCCAUUGGUGGACAUUGUCGAGGACCAGGCCUUGGUCACCUCGUCCGAAAACAUCAUUGAGUUCGACUUGAAUACUGUCACCAUUGCCGAAUUGGCCUUCCACAGACAGUUCUCCGUCACCGCUCACCGCGAUGACACCGUCCACGCGUUUAUCGUCUGGUUCGACAUCGUCUUCCCAGGCGGCAACGAUCCGGAUGGCUACGAGGUUGUCUUCUCUACCGGCCCACAUGCCCAGUACACUCACUGGAAGCAGACCGUGUUCUAUUUGGACAACGACAUCAGCAUCAAGCAGGGUGAGGUCAUCAAGGGGUCCAUCUCUUCCAAUCCAAACGCCAAGAACCCAAGAGACUUGGAUGUUGUCAUCGAGUGGGGCUUGCAGACCGCUGACCAGAAGAGGUCUGAAGUUGGCAAAGGUAAAUUGAACUACAUCAUGCGCUAAGCCGGGGCCCCCCACUCCUGUACACUACCCUUCCCUUCUAUGUGCUUUACUUUUUCGGUUGCUUGAUUUUACGCUUUUAAUUACGUUUUUGCAUGUGCGGUCGCACGUUUGUACACUACAUUUUCUAAUAGAAAAUAAAUCUAG